AUGGACAGCAAACAACUACGGGAAAUGGGCAAGCGGAUGGUAGAUUUUGUCGCUGAUUACUGGGACUCGCUGCCUAAUCGGGAACCGUUACCUUGCCUAACUCCCGGAUUUAUCAAGUCUUUUGUGCCAGAAGCUCCACCAACAGAGAUAGAAAACUGGGAAGACAUCUUUAAAGAUAUUGAACCGGUUGUUCUUGCCGGCAAUACGCACUGGCAACACCCAAAUUUUUUUGCUUAUUUUCCUACUGCAUGCUCAUACCAUUCAAUUUUGGGCGAUAUACUGAGUUCUGGAUUGGCAAGUGUUGGAUUUUCUUGGUCGUCUUCACCGUCGAUGACUGAGUUGGAGCUUCGAAUGACAGACUGGUUAGCCAAAAUAUUGCAUUUACCUGAUGCAUUUUUAAAUGACAAUGAUCUACCGGGAGGUGGCAUCAUUCAGAAUACAGCCAGUGAUUCCACGUUUAUUGCUAUGCUUUCUGCCCGAGCUCGGGCUGUCGAGGUCAACAAGUCCAAAAAUAACAUUGAAGGAAAAGACUCUGAUAAAUCAGUAUAUACCCAAAUCGUAGAAGAUCAGUUUGGCACGAUUAAUCAUCCCGGAUUUCAUGAUCCGCAACUGUUUCCCCGUUUGAUUGCUUACUGUUCUGAUCAGGCCCACUCUUCCGUUGAAAAAGCAGCCAUGUUAAACGGUGUCAAGUUGAGAAAACUUCGAUCACAGCGUGGCGGACAGUAUGACAACUUUCAUGUAGCUGCAGAAACUUUAGAUGCAGCAAUCAAAGAAGAUCGGAGAAACAAUUUAAUACCUUUUAUCUUUAUCUUAACCGUUGGUACCACAUCUACAUGUGGAAUUGAUUCAAUUGACGAACUGGCUCCCAUCUGUUGCCGUGAAGGAAUUUGGGUUCACGUUGAUUCAGCAUACGCUGGUUCUUUUAUGAUUUGUCCAGAAUACCGAGAUCUAUGCAAGGGACUGGAAUUUGUCGACUCUUUCAAUACGAAUGUCCACAAAUCACUUAUGAUAAAUUUUGAUUGCUCGCCAAUGUGGUUCAAAAACGCUGCAGAAGCAGUCAAGUACUUCAAAGUUGAUCCCCCUUACUUGAAACAUGAACAUCAGAAAGCAGCUAUGGAUUACAGGCAUUUACAAAUUGCUCUUGGAAGACGAUUUCGUUCAUUAAAAGUUUGGUUUGUGCUUCGCAAUAUAGGUGUCCAACAAUUACAGAAUUACCAACAAAAAAAAACAGCAGUCACUCUAUUCAUAAAUAAACUAAUUGCCACCGACCCGCUGUUCGAGCUCUUCGUUCCCCGACAACUUGCGCUUGUUUGUUUUCGUUUAAAAAGCUCCAAUAACGAAAUCAACGAGCACCUGUAUCAACAAAUAAAUUCGGACCGGCAAAUCCAUUUGACUUCGUCAAACGUCAAUGGAAUAUACUUCUUGCGGUUUGCCGUCUGCAGCCCAAAAACAACAGAAGAAAACGUCAAGUACGCUUACAGUAUUAUUCGCGCCAUUGCCCUAAAAAUUUCUAAACCGUUGUCAGCUUCAGGAUAA